UUUAAAGCUUCUUCCAUCACUUAUUGUUCAUUCAUAAUAUGCGUUUACUUUAUAAUAUUAUUGUUAUUGAUUUGUUUCUGAUUUGGAUAUCAGCUGUUUUGUUAAGUAAUUGGCGUGUUUAGUUUCUGUGAAGAGGGUUGAGUUUAUGUAUCACUGUAGAUAUAUUGGUCAAGAUCUAGUGCUCCUUCAAUUGGACUGCAAUUGCACAAGUUUUUUCACAUGAUGAAGAUUAGUAAUGUUAAUGAUCAUGAUCAAGUCAGAUCCAACUUGUUGAUUCAGUUUUUUCCGAACAAUUAAGGCAUCAUUAGUAUUUUAGUUAAGGACACGUUUAUUUUACUUUAAUUGGGAAUUUACUUCAAAGCCAAUUAGGAAUUUAGGUAAUUAGGGACAAGUUGAUUUUUGAACUGAUAUGUUAAAUAAGGAAAUUAGGUAAUAUUGAUGUAAUGUUCAUCAGAAUUCUAAGUACGAUGGAUUUAAGGCUGGGAGUAAUUUGCAGAUGAGAGGUUCUUGUUCAUUAGUUUGUUUCUGGCUUUCUGCCGAACAUUUUCCAUGUUUAAGUUAUCGUAUUUUGGUUCCGGAGAGAAAGCUAAACCAAUUUUCUUUGACUCUUGAUGCUUAGAGGUUAUUAGUUAUUGUACUUACAAAGUCAGAAGAUGCUGCAUCUUCCUUUUCUUCAAUUGAAGGAAUAGAAUUUAGGAGAUCCAUAUGAGCUGGAACCAAAUCAGGUGGUCUAUUGCUGAUCCUUGCUUCUUAAGAUCAUCUGCAUGGCGAACAGGUCGAACACAGAAGCAACAGAGCCCUUGCUAUCAGGAUCAGAGGAUCUUGAAGCUCAAAAGUUCAGAAGGCAGUUAAAGAAGAGAAGGUUCCGCCGUGCUAGAAGUGCACCUUGCAACGAUGUUGAUCCCCAGGACACCAAUGGCAAUAUACCAAUUCCAAGAUCUGAUUCAAUAUUUGGGAAUAUACAUCCAAGCUUUAGAAAAGUUGCUAUAUACCUUGUAGUGUAUAUAGGAGUAGGUGCUAUUGUAUUCUACCUUGUUGGGAACCAGAUCAAGGGGCUGAAAACAGAUGGGGUUCUUGAUGCUGUAUACUUCACAAUCGUAACAAUGACCACAGUUGGUUAUGGAGAUAUUGUUCCGAAUAGCAACCUUACAAAGCUACUUGCAUGCGCUUUUGUUUUCACCGGAAUGGCAUUGGUUGGACUAAUCCUAGGCAAAGCAGCAGAUUACUUGGUUGAGAAGCAAGAAUUCUUGCUAGUUAAAGCUUUGCACAUGCACCAAAACGUUGGUCAAAGAGAAAUUCUAAAGGAGGUUGAGGUGAACAAAACAAGAUACAAAUUCCUUUUGGCCUUUUUCCUUCUCUUGAUUAUGAUCAUAGCGGGGACAGUUUUCUUGAUCAUGGUUGAGAAAUUGGAAUUCGUCGAUGCGUUUUACUGCGUUUGUUCUACUCUUACAACCCUGGGAUAUGGUGAUAAGAGUUUCUCAACUGAAGCAGGAAGAAUAUUUGCUGUGUUUUGGAUAUUGGCAGGUACAAUUUCUUUGGCUCAGGUGUUCCUUUACAUUGCUGAGCUUAACACUGAAAGCCGACAAAAGAAAAUUGUGAAGUGGGUUCUUUCGAAGAAGAUGACCAAUUUGGACUUGGAGGCAGCAGAUAUUGAUGAUGACGGCACUGUUGGGGCUGCUGAAUUCGUUGUUUAUAAACUCAAAGAGAUGGGGAAGAUUAGUCAAGAAGAUAUAUCACUUUUGAUGCAGGAGUUUGAAGAACUUGAUGUUGAUCAAAACGGUACCCUUUCAAUUUCUGAUUUAGCACUUGCUCAGUCAUCCUAGACUGACAAAGACACAUUGUAUAUUUGUAUGUAGUAUUCACAGAGUAGAGUUUUUGUAGAGUUCACAUUUUCAACUUCAAUGAUAAAAUGCACACUAGAGCUUUCAAGAGUGUAGAGUCUGAAAUUUCUUAGACGCGGUUUAAUUGUAAUUAAAUGUUUUGUCUUCCUUUUUCAUAAGAUGAGAAGACAUCACGUCCAAGUCUCUCAUCUUAUAAACUCCUCACUUCUCUUUGUU